GUGUUGGGACCUGGCUGGCCAAGUCCUGAGCUCGGGUCCCGGCCUGGGAUCUCCGGAGUUGCGUCCCUCCGGCCAUAAAUAUCGUUCCCGGACUGGCGCGCCCCCGUGUGGUUUUAGAGGAGCCAUGCUUGCGGAGCUGAUUCCAGAUGAGGAUGUUGCCAAAUCAAGUGGCAAGGUUCCAUGGAGUUCAGGGGUGACUCUCGCCUCGUAAAUGUAGGAUUUUCAGCCAAAAAUACGGGAUCCCAGUCGGAAGAGUGGGAUCCCCAUAGGCUCUGUCAGAAGUUUAAAGGCGUUAGUGGGUCCUGGAAGGGUUUACUUUGGGUAUAACCAGAUAGGGAUGAGUCCAGGGCCAGGACUGUGGGUAGGGGGGCUUCUCCUCGAUGCAUCUGGCUGACAAUCGGCAUAUGAGGGGAGAGUGUGAACCCGCCGCACCAGGACACAGGGACACAAAACAGUUACAAGAAAAAGAUAUUCAGAGCCAGAAGACAGACCAGUAGGGGCACGUCCCUGCAGCCCCUUUGUCACUCCAAUACACUGGUCAGUUCCUCCUCUUCCCUCCUACUCUCGCGCCCAUUGGUCCAGGAAGUAUGGAAGUGUGGGGAGUUGCCAUGACAACUAGGUCGUCUAAACCCCUUCGCAUCUUUGUGUCAAAAUGGGAAGAGGAGGGGUGUGACAGGCAGAGAAUGAGGGGAUGAAGCGAGGCAAUGAAAGAUAAUGUUCAUUCCCUCCCCAGCUCAUUUUUCAAAAACCGCGGGUGCCCCCUUCCCCACCGGAAAUUCAGAAAAUAUUCCCAGAGAAGGCUGUGAGGGAGAGUCCGUGCCGCCCAUCCCCCCCGGCCCCGCCCCGCCCGAGUCUGGGAAUUUGGGGGGCGGGUGCUUCAGGCGCUGAGGCCAGGGUGAGUUCCCCUCGUGUGGCCGGGAGAAGACGGGAAGCGGAACGAGGCUCUAUUGCCUGAGAUCCUGGUCCUAUGGGUCCGGCCCUCCCGCGCCGCCCACGCAGGGCCCACUCCGUUGGCGGCGGAGAUCAGAACGCCCCGGGCCUUGGGGGCGGAGCUUGACCUCUGUGCUCACCGCAGGACCAUGAACAGAUGCCCCCGCAGGUUCCGGAGCCCGUUGGGGCAGGCAGCGCGAUCCCUCUACCAGCUGGUGACUGGGUCGCUGUCGCCAGGUAUGAGGAAGGGAGGAAAGGGCUGGACCCCUCAAAAAGUAAGCGAAGUGGGAUAGGAGCCUUACAGAGGUGGGGAGAGAAAGGGCCCCUCACAGAGAUGGAAGGGGCAGGAUCCUUCAAAGAAAAGAGUUUAAAAGGCAAGACUCCGACAGAAGUGGAGCUUGGGAUAGGGUCCCUUAAAGAGAAGGUGAAGGACAUAGGGGUCUUCAAAGAGGAAAGGAGAAGGGGCAUCAUCGUCCCUCACAAUGGUGGAAGAGGGGGCAGGGCUCCUUACUGAGAGCAGAGGUGGGGGCCUCAAGAAGGUGGAUGUAAGGGGCAAGGCCCCUCACAGGGAUGAAGGGAGGAAGCUUGCAGCAGAGCAGGGAAAAGGCAAAGCUCUUUACUGAAUUGCUUAGUUUAAUGGGAUCUUAAGAUGACUAGGGGCAGUGUGCAGAAGGAAAAAAUCCUGAGGUGGGACUGGACCAACAUGAACUCAGCUAGUGAGUUUAUGCAUGAUGGAUGGAUAGACUUGUGUGGCGUAAGGAUUGUAUGUCACCGUUUUGUCUAUCUCUGGGAGUCUGUAUUAAGGGGGUUUGUGCCUCAAUGGGGUUGUGAUCACUGGGGCUGUGCACCCCUAGGGUUACGUAUCCCUGGAAUUCUGUGACACUAAGACUGCAUGUACCUGGAGUUCUAUGCUUUAGAGUUGGGUUGGGGGUUCCUGAGUCACACUAAGUUAGCUGUAUAGACUUCAUAAGGUUGUACCUUGGUGUGGGAUUUGUUCAAUUUAUGACAUGGAUUGUGGGUGUCAUAUCAUGGCACUGCUGAGAUUAUGCACACCUCCACUUGGGUUUCCUUAGAGCUGCCUGGGCAGGGCCCACAGAACCCAGCAACUCCUCCCCACCUGACCUGGGGAGACCGAAACAUCCUAGCCUGGUGGCAUUCUGGGAUCUGUAGUUCUCUGGCUGUCUGCACAGUAUCCCCUUGAGCCCCUGGAGUAUAAGCAGGCCUCUCCUUACAAUGUGCUCCCAGAAGGAGAGGAGAUGGGGCUGAGCCAAAGCCAUGCUUGGAUGUCUCUUGGGAAGCAUGUGUCCUCCAAGCCCCCUGCUUGGGCCUGUCUCAAGUGACAGAUGGCUGGAGCCAGGCGGGGCCAGCUCUCAAUCAUAGCAGGCGUGACUUCCAGGCCCUAAAAUAGCCCCAGGGCCUAAGGAGAUCAUUAAUUACCUGAUGCAGCUGGGGGCUGCUCUGUCUUCUGGCCUGGUUGGGGAUGGAGUGGGGCUGGAGGGCUGACAGAGGGUCUUUACUGGUUGGGUUCUUCACUAGGGGAGCAAGGGCAGACGGGAAAGUGGGACAGUUACAUACUAUGGGCCCCCUUCAUUAGGCAGUAUUUCUCUGGGUUUGAACUUCGGGAGGUAAAUAACUAAAUGAUAGGUGUAUCUCCGUGGUGAGAUUUGAGGGAUCUAAGGGAGGGCUCACUUAAUGCUUCAAGAUAGUUUUCCCUUCAGCCUUCACUAUGCCUGAAGUAUUUUCAUUAAGACUUCACUCCUCUGGGUGAAGAGCAAGGUGGCACAGGGAUGCUUGGGGAGGACAGACCUGGGCAACUUUCUCACAGAGCCCAGAGACUUGAGAGGUCUCUGAGUGGGGGUGGGGGGUGGGGAGAGAGCCUGAAAAACAACUUGCUCUUUCACUUCUAUCAGAUCCUCUCACCAGAGGCCUGGUUGAUUUAGGACCUUGAGUCCUGUGAGGCUGGGUCAAGGUCUCUGAAGGUUGAGGGUGAGGGUGAGAGAAGGAAGAGGAGGAUCUGCAGACAGGGCAACCGGCUAAACGGUUGUCAAUCUGUUCAUCUGUGAAUCAGCAGCAGAGAGCAAGGAGAUGCUGCUGUUCUGCCUCUUUCCAAUCAAAUAGCCUGGCUUGGCAUUCAAGGCUCCAUGGAAUCUGCCCCUUUCUGGUCUUAUCACUCAUAUCUACCCCAAUACCAACUAAGCUGCAGUCACUCAGGAUUCCUUGACACCUCCACACACGUUGGAGAGACAGCCUGAGGGAGCUGGCAGAUCACUGGUUCUGGUUCAAGUCUCGAUCUAUCCUUUAUCAUCUGUGUUAUCUUGGGACAAUCACUUCUCUGAGCUUCAGUUCCUUCAUCUGCAAAAUGGGUAUACUGCUACUCAAUCUGACCAUUUCAGCUGUAAACACAGGAAUAAUAGACCCUACCUCUCAGGUCUAUUAUGAGGACUAAAUGAGAUAACAUGUGUAAAAUAUCAAGGACACAAAACAUGCUCAAUAAAUGUUGGUCCCUUUGUUAAGGCAGACUGUUGACAGUUUAGCCAUCCUUUAAGAACCAGCUCAAAAAAUACCCUCUCCAGGUUUUUCCUGGGCUCCCAGUUAGAAGACUAGAGCUCAUUUCAUGAGCUUCGAACAGUUCCUACCACAUAGUAGGCACACAACAAAUAUUUUUUGAAUGAGUAGAUACCUUAUAGUUCUGUCAGUGGGCUGUCUCUCCCUGCCCAGGAGAGCCAGAACCCUGUUUGGUUCACCUUUGUUCCACAGGCACCAGCUCAGAGCCUGGCAUUCAAUUUGUAUAGGUGCAAUUUUUUAACAUCUUUGCCCUCUAGGAGCUUGGAAUCUAAUUGAGGAAACAGGACUGAUCCAGAAAGACCUGAGUUCAAAUUUGCAACAUCUCCUCUUAGCUAGGUGACCUUGAGCAAGUUCCUUUACCUUUCUGGGCCUCAUUUACCUCAUCAGUGAAAUGGGCACAAUACUUUUCACUCUGCCUACCUCAUGGGGUUGUCAUGAGAAGACAUGGAAAUAACAGUGUUUGUGGAAAUGCUUUGUAAAUUGCUAAGAUAUGUAAGGGGGGAAUAUAAUAUUAUUAAUAGUGGCAGUAAACAAUUAUAAGCAAUUACUCUGUGCUAGGAAUUAUUCUAACAGCUUUCCGUGUAUUAGUUCAUUUAGGAGGGCCUAGCAACCAUAUGAGGUAGGAAACCGUGGCACAGAGAGAUUAAGAACUUUCCCAGUUAAUUCCAAGGGGCAGAGCUGGGAUUUGAACCCAGGGAGUCUGGCACCCUGGCCCACACUGUUACCUACCAUGCUAUGCUGCCUCCUUUUACUGUUCCCACUGAUAACAUUACAGACUUAGGUGCUGAGUUUUGAGGGCCCAAUGGGCUACCGUAGAAUUUCAGGUAGCUGGGAGCCUGCUGAGGGCUGGAGGCUCUGAAGGGAAGGGAAUUUAAGCUGUCUCUAAAGGACAGGUAAGAACUGUAGAAUAGGAGAGCAAAAGGGAGUUCAUUCCAGGCAGAGGGAGUAGCAGGAGCAAAGCCACAGAGAUAGCACUGGGUUUGGUGUGUUUGGGGGACAGUGAGGAGGCGAAACUGGCUCAAAAAAACGUAUCUGCCGAUGAGGGUGCGGGAAGGGUAUUAAAUCCCAGGCAUGGAUUUUGGACGGUGAGAGGGAGAUGCUUGCUCAUUUCAUCUGUAAACCUGUAACCUCCAAAGGUGUGAGAAGCCAAAAACAGUCCCUGAGUUGACUUCUUCCUGGGGGAGAGAGGGGGGACAAGCAGAGGACCAAGCCUGCCGGAGGCAUACCCUCCUUCCCAAGGAUGUUGGAAGGGUCGGUGGAGAGGGAAGGGGUAAGAUACGGUGUGAGAUGAAUGCCUGGCCCCCCAGUGGUGGCCAUGUAGAACUGCAGAUCCGUGAACCUCAAAUGAAGCAGUAGGGACUAGCCCCCAUCCCCACCCCCACCCCACAAUUGAGGCUGAAACACAUCCCAGAGCUGGACGAGGUGGCAAGGGUCCCUUGGGUUAAUCCCCCUAAACUGGGCCUCCUGUGUGAGCAAGCCGUCUAUGAAAGGAGCCAGUGUAGCGUGGUGGUUUAGAGCACAGGCUGAGUCAGGCUGGGUUAAAAUUGAGCUCUGACACUUAUUGAUCUUGGAGAUUUUCUUAAGCUACUUUUGUCUAGUUUUCCUACCCAUAACGUGGGGAUAACAGUACCUCCUUCAUAGGCUUAUUGUGAAAAUUCAAUGUGAUAAUGUCUGUAAGCACAUAGCACAUUAUCUAGCACAUACUGAGUGCUCAAUCCCUAGCCAGCUGUGGCAGUAACCCAGAGGCUCUUAUCUGCUGGCUCCCUGGUUCUGCAAGCCUCUCCCCACCCCACUACAGACACCACCGCCGCCAUCACCACCACUUUGAGGGAGACUGGAAGACGGGGGAGGGGCUCCAGGAAUACAGCGGGGCUGUGUGGCUCCCUUGGAAGGUUCAGAUUUCCCUCCUACUCUGGGUUUCUCCAUCAGCUCAGUAAAGAUUCCCAAAGAACAGGGAGGGUUUUGGCAGCUCCUGGGUGAGGCCCCUGCCAGGUGGAAAGGAAGAGCACAUCCCUCCUCUCCCAAGGAGCUUGAUUCUCUGGGUCCCAAACGCAGCUGCAAUAAGUCCCCUCCCCAAAGGGUCAUGAUAGGGCUAAGGGGCUGUUUCCUGCCCAGGCUACUGGACCUAAUCCUCCCUCCCUUGAGCCUCAGUUUCCCUGUGGCCUGUGGGAAGAGAGUGCUUCCCGCCUCUCAGUCUCCAUGACAACCGCAAUGGAUGGUGGUGGUGUCCUCCUGACUGGAGAGGUCACCACCUUCUCCUCCCUUAUAUUCUCAUACACUUUCAUGCAGAUACAAUUACACAACCACCAUAGACCCAUACUCCUAAUUAUAUGACACAUCCAUACUACCAAUCUUCAGACCCACAUGCCACAACCCUGCUAAAAUACAGAUACCUCACACCCCAUACACACUCAGAAAUACUCCAAUACACUCUCACACACACACCCCACAGACACCCAGGUUACAUACCCAUAUACACCACACACACCGCUAAGACAGGUGCACAAUCAUGUGUAAACACACACACAGACACACGUAAGAGGAGGUACACAUACUCUCCAUACACAUACAGGAAUAUACACACAAGAAAACACUCAGACACCCAUAACAUAUUCUGACUCACACAUCUAUUACUUAUGCAUGGGCAGCUCCUAGUUUCACACACACACACACCCUGCCCUUCCCUGCCUUCUCUCUAAGCACAGGUCUUCUCUCUGCCCCCUCUCUUUGGUACAGAGUAGCCACAGGCUGUCUGAGGGAAGCUGUCUCAGGGGCAGAGGCAGGGCACUGCCCCCCUUCUGUGGUCUGGCCUGGCCCAUAGCCUUCACACCAAAAGCUCUGGAGGAGAUACCAAUCCAUAGGCAGGAGUGGCCCCGUGAAGAGGAAGAGGCUGUGGCUUGGAGGCUGUGGCUGGGAGGCCUGUGGGGAGGCGGGGGGAGGGGGAGAGGGAGGAGAUCCGGGGAGCGAGAGGGGGAGGGAGACUGCGGGCAGUCCUACUCAGGCUGGGGAGCCUGAGGGGGAGGAAGUGUGAGAAGGGAGGGCCAGCCUCAGCCUGUGGGGCCAUGCCCCCGGCCCACCAUGAACCUGGAAGGGCUGGAGAUGGUCGCUGUGCUUGUGGUCCUCGCCCUGUUUGUCAAGGUGCUGGAGCAGUUUGGCCUCUUUGAGCCUGUCUCCUUGGAAGGCCACCCUCCAGGGCCCACUAAAAAAGCGCUGAAGCAGCGGUUCCUCAAGCUGCUGCCUUGCUGCGGGCCCCAAGCCCUGCCCUCAGUCAGUGAAACAUUAGCCGCCCCAGCCUCCCUCCGCCCCCACAGACCCCGCCCGCUGGACCCAGACAGCGUGGAGGAUGAGUUUGAACUGUCCACCGUGUGUCACCGGCCCGAGGGUCUGGAGCAGCUGCAGGAGCAAACCAAGUUCACGCGCAAAGAGCUACAGGUCCUGUACCGGGGUUUCAAAAACGAAUGUCCCAGCGGAAUUGUCAAUGAGGAGAACUUCAAGCAGAUUUAUUCCCAGUUCUUUCCUCAAGGAGACUCCAGCACAUAUGCCACUUUUCUCUUCAAUGCCUUUGACACCAACCAUGAUGGCUCAGUCAGUUUUGAGGACUUUGUGGCUGGUUUGUCAGUGAUUCUUCGGGGAACCACAGAUGACAGGCUGAACUGGGCUUUCAACCUGUAUGACCUCAACAAGGAUGGCUGCAUCACCAAGGAGGAAAUGCUUGAUAUCAUGAAGUCCAUCUAUGACAUGAUGGGCAAGUAUACAUAUCCUGCACUCCGGGAGGAGGCCCCAAGGGAACACGUGGAGAGCUUCUUCCAGAAGAUGGACAGGAACAAAGAUGGCGUGGUGACUAUUGAGGAAUUCAUUGAAUCUUGUCAAAAGGUACAGGGCCCUGCCCUCUACAUUUCCCUGGUUUGGACUCAGGGCCUGAUUCAAUGAUGUAAGAGAAGGCUCCUUUGGGCAGAGUACUAUUUCCCUAACUCACCGCUACCUCUGAAUGUUUUUCCUUCAUAACUUGGGGAGGCCUGUCCCUUCGCCACCUCUCUGGGUGUCUCCUUCCUCACUGCCUCUCUCUGUCUCUGAAUGUCCCCAUUUCUGAGUCAGUGUCCUUCUCCCUGUCUCUGAUAAGCUCUUUUUCUUUCUCUCCAAUCUGCCUCUCUCCCACCAUGGCUACAGGACGAGAACAUCAUGAGGUCCAUGCAGCUCUUUGACAAUGUCAUCUAGCUCCCCAGGAGAGGGGGGUCAGUUGUCCUGGGGGGACCAUGCUGUAGCCCUAGUCCAGGUGGACCUCACCCUUCUCUUCCCAGGUCUGUCCUCAUCCUAGCUCUACCCUGGGGGCUAUAGGAAUCCAAGAGCCUGGGGAUUCAGUGGUUCAGAUUGCUGGAGCUGAGGGGGCUAUAGAGUGGGCAGAGUGUAUCUGUGGGGUGUUCCCAACUCCCAACAGCUCCCCCUUCCCGUCUGAAACUCAGUGCUGAGGGUGCCCCUGCUACAGGAAUUGAGUGGUCCUCCCCCUUCCACUCCCACUUGAGAAACCACAAUGCUAGACAAAAUGUCUCCUGCUAUGGUGCUUCCCCCAUCCCUGAUCUCAUAACCAUUUCCCCUAAGACCCCCUUAACAGAAAGGCUGUUCUGUCAUUGGCACUGACUGGCCUUUCAGACCAGGGCCUUUGAGAGCCCUGUAGGAGGUGGACAAGAAUGUAGAGGGAGUAAUCUUGGGCCUGAGCCAGUGCUUAGGUCCUAGGAGGUAGCUGGGUUAGAGAACAGAAGGGCCUGGGGAUUAUCAGUGAGAGCAUGCCAGGCUAUAGCUUUCAGCUCUACAGGUCUGCCAUUCAAAGCUGUCAGAAUAUUAAUUUCCAGGCUCUUCAGAAGACCUUGUUUCCUUGGAAAUACCCCAGAAAAUUUCCAAGUAUCCCAGGAGAGUCUGGGAUCCUGGUGUUUGGCUCAUUCCCUCCUCUCCUCCCUUCCUGUUUGUGUAGUGGUGGUGGCAGCGGGGGGAAGAUAGGUGGGAGCUGUCUUGGCUGAUACCUGCCAAAGUUUCAGCCUACCCUCUCUGAUGGCUACAACUUAAGUUUUCAUUUGCCAUUUCCUCUCGACUUGGAGGCACAGAGUAAGUCAGGGACAACACAGUGGAUGCCUUAGAAGAAAAAGGAAGGAAGGAGGCGGGCAUAGAUUUGAACCCAGUGUGGGGGCAUUUAUUAGACUCUGUGAUAUACCCAGGCUCUAUUCCUGCCCCCCAACAUAGCCUCCUAAUUGCCCACCCAGAGUCUCCUCUUGCUCUAUUCAAUCUACCCAGAGAUGCCCCUGAGCACACCUUGAAGGCAGGAACAUUAGGACCCAGGUCCCACCUCACUGUCAGCACAUCUGCCGUGCCGCCACCCCUUAAUAUAUCUGCUUGUCCCGUUUAGCUCACUCUCCCAGUCAGCUGUGAUCUGAGGGGAGGGUCCCCAGGGAGCCCCCUUUCCUAUCAGAACACUGUUGACUGCUUUGCAUUUUUGGUUCCUCUGUAAUUUUUGUAAAAUAAGAAGUACACCGGAUCCAAUAAAACACAAUGGCUAUGCA